GCGACAAACAGGGUGAAAACUGUUGGAAAACAGGGACUAUCGCGAUUGUGUCGGCGGCGCGACGUCGCCACCUGCGGAGCGGCGAUUCACGACUCCUCCGCGCGUAACGCACAGGUGGUCCGAGUUUCAGUGCGCGAAAAAGUGAUUUUCGUUUCCCCGAUGUCGGUUCUCCGAUCCGCCGUCGCCGAUUCCAUGACCACGUAGUCGGAAGCGGAGAAUCGUGCGUCGCCGACGCGACGGAGUGACCCUCCUGCGCGAGGAGGCUCAAGCGAGAUCUGGUAUCGGUGCCGGAACGAUCGGUGCAGCAUCGGGCUGAUCAUCAUGUGCAGCAACGAGAGUCCGCCGCCGGCGAAGGAACCGCUGGCCGUUGGCCUGGGCAAUCCGAUGGCCGGCUUCCUGCCGGGCCUCGAGCACUAUCGGUUGCAAUUGUAUCACUACGCGAUGGCUGAGCGGCUGCGUCUAGCGCAGCAGUUGCACCCGCAGCAUCCCGGCGUCGCUCAUCCGCCGUCGGGCGCGCCGACAGCGGCUCACCUCGGCAUGGGACCAGGCUUCCCGGCGCCGUUGCCGAUUUACCCGGCGGCGGCCGCCGCCGCGGCCGGUUAUCCCGGCCGACUGGCCCUCUCCAUGGCGUUGCUGCAUCCGCAUCAUCAGCGGAUACCCGAAGAACCGAAGCCGCAGCACAGCUACAUCGGCCUGAUCGCCAUGGCGAUCCUGUCGUCGCCCGAGAAGAAACUUGUGCUGUCCGACAUCUAUCAACACAUUCUCGAGCACUACCCGUACUUCCGCACUCGCGGGCCCGGCUGGCGCAACUCUAUCCGGCACAAUCUUUCGCUGAACGACUGCUUCGUCAAGUCCGGCCGAAGCGCCAACGGCAAGGGCCAUUACUGGGCGAUCCAUCCGGCGAAUCUCGAGGACUUCCGGCGCGGCGAUUUCCGCCGGCGCAAGGCCCAGCGCAAGGUGCGCCGGCACAUGGGCCUCGCAGUGGACGAGGAACCGGACAGUCCUAGCCCGCCGCCUCUGCCCGCCACACCGCCGCCUCCGACGGCUCUCCCGGUGGCCUCGCAGCCGAUAUCCGCGCUGUGGACGCCGCAUCAUCAUCACCAUCAGCAACAACAGCAGCAGCAUCAGCAGCAGCAGCAGCAGCAGCAGCAGAUCCUCCAGACGCAAUCGGUGCGACAAUCGUCCUUCCAACCGUCGAGGAAACGACUGUUCGACGUGGCGUCUCUCCUGGCGCCGGACGAUCAGCAGCAUCAGAUCGAGGCGGACGUGCUGAGGCCGGCCAAGCUGCGCAAGUUCAGCUGCAGCGAGGACGAGCUGCACGAUCUUCCGGAGGCCGAUCAGGACGACGAGGAUGUCGACGUCGACGUGGUUGCCGACGCGAACGCUUUACCGUCGCCGGGCACACCGCCGUCGACCAGCCCGGAUGUGCCCAAAGUCGUGUCUCCGGCAGCUCAUUGGAAUCAUCAGGGCGUACAGAACGGCGGCCAGCAGCAGCAACAGCAACAGCAGCAGCUGUCGGCUGUGCACCUUCACAAUCACCUACACGUCAGAAACUACUACAUCCCGGCUAACUCCGCCGGCGGGUCCAGCGUCUAAUGGCGAGCUCAGAAGGAGCUGGUCGGUUCGGCCGACAGGUAGUUGCUCGUGUCUCAAGUGUCCACGAUCUUCUUCCGUUUCUUAUUCUUUCCGCGCGCUUUGGGAAACUCUGAACGUAUACGAGGACGCAUUGUUUUUAAUGACGAAUUCUUUGGCAAAUUUCAAGUCGAUUUUUCAAUAGAAAUAUCGAUAGUUUAUAGUUUUAGAAUAAUUAGCAAUCAAAAAUGAUGGCUUUCCGAUGGAAGAUAUUUUUAAAGGGAAAAUAUAACAAUAAAUAUAUUUUUAAUUAUUUU